AGUGACCCAUCAGAAAGGAGUGAACCUGACGGACGUCGAGGUGAAUGACACACAGGAGUUCGUUCAAGUGAGACCCCGCCAGGAAGGCAGCCUGGAAGAUAUGUGGCAGGUCAGAGUGCGGGUUGCGCCCCGGCGCUGCGCGGGUGGUUGGGGGGGCGGACGUGCCCCCAGGGCGCUGGCCCUGGCAGGCGCUAUCACCCAUGGCUCAAUCGAGCAGGAGGCCGGGGUAUCAGUAAAGAAAAUAAUUUACCACCCGCUUUAUAACGACAGUAGCCUUGACUACGACAUUGCUCUGAUGAAGCUCCAAGUCCCCCUGAAUUUUUCAGAUGCCAUCCGUGCUGUGUGUCUGCCACCCUUCCACCGGGACCUCUUCCAGGGCACGCAGUGUUGGGUCUCCGGCUGGGGCUACACCAGACCAGACCAAGCGCAGGUUAGCGAGACACUGAAGGAAGCACCUGUUCCCUUAAUCGGUACCAUGAGGUGCAAUAGUUCGUGCAUGUAUGCAGGCGAGCUCACUGCCAGGAUGCUGUGUGCCGGCUACCUGCAUGGGAAAAUAGAUGCAUGCCAGGGUGACAGCGGGAGCCCCCUGGUUUGCCAGGAUGAAUUCACGUGGCGCUUGGUAGGCAUCGUGAGCUGGGGCCGGGGCUGUGCCGAACCCAACCACCCUGGGGUUUAUACCAAUGUGGCUCAGCUUCUGCCGUGGAUUUAUCGCAUCACUGAG